AUGCCGCGGAGGAUGAUUGCGUCCGGACGAUCGUGCCUUGAAUGCCGUCGGAGGAAGAUCAAAUGCGACAGGUCACUCCCCUGCUCCUAUUGUGUGAAAACGGGAAUACAGUGCGCUUAUCCACCGCGGAGAGCGGAGCGCACAAGAUCCCGUGGUCGCAGUCCAGAUGCUGAUCUGCGAGGACGCGUUGAGCGAAUCGAGGCUGCUUUGGGAUCAUUGGGGAGGGAGGCUACGCAGAUUAGGGAUCUCUUACAUGCGAAUCCGUUACUGUCAUCGCGGUCGAAUGAUAAUAGCGAUGCGAGGGAGGGUGAUGUUGGUCAUGCUAAUGGGAGUCGCGCCGAGAAACAGGAUGCUGUCCUACAACAUCUAGAUAUCAGUCGCAUUCGUUCAUCUCCAAGACCUGCUGUCUCAGCAGACAGCCGCCUGCGCUCCUACUUCACCUCAGACCUGGUGUCAGAUCUGGAAUCCCUACAUCCACCUCCUGUGAUGAUCUCAUUUAUCUGGCAGAAAUAUUUGGACAAUGUGGAUCCCCUGAUUAAGAUCGUGCAUGCACCCACCGUGCAAAGGCAGAUUAUGCACUUAGUUCGAGGCCGAGAUAACAAAGAUAUACCGGCCACGUGUUUGCUCUUCGCAGUAUAUUACUCGACUGUGCUGACCAUGUCGAGGGAGGAAUGUUUUGCGGAAUUCGAGGAAGAUAAAUUAGUUUUGCUAAAGAGGUACCGGACAGCCGUCGAAUCUGCCCUGUUACAGGCAGACCUUCUACAAUCAUUGGACUUGUCGGUUUUACAAGCAUUCCUUCUAUAUCUCAUAUGCGCCUGGAGAGACAAAUGCGGCCCAAAAGUACGGACCCUCAUAGGUCUCGCCAUCGGCAUCGCUGUAAAAACCGAUCUCCACCGUGACGGCGACAACCUUUAUCUCUCUCCGUUCGAAGCUGAAAUGCGCAGACGCCUCUGGUGGCACAUUUGCAUCCUUGACAUCCACACUGCAGAGGACGGCGCGUCAGUGCCAUGCAUUCAAGACUCAUUAUUCAAUACACGACUCCCUACUAAUGUCAACGACGUUAAUCUGGAUCCGCAAAUGAGCGUCCCUCCUGUAGCGCAGACGGGAAAAACUGAGAUGCUAUUCAGCUUGGUCCGGUUCGAGGUAAGUUACUUUGCUCGCCAGAUUGUGUUUCCCGAUCAAUUCUGUCAGGAUAAUGGGUACAAGGUGUUGUCGCCGUUGGAGAAAUGUGAAGCGAUUGAUCGAUUCCAACGGAGUAUUGAAACUAGAUACCUGGUGCAUUGUGAUAAACGCGUACCGUUAGAUUUUAUUAUUACCACUUCGACACGUCUGGUUCUAGUCCGGUUCAAGUUAACAGUGACCAAGCCUCGCUCCGGGCAGAACCAGAACCAGAACCAUCUAGCCAUGCCAGGGAAUUUCCGUGGGAUAUGCGUGGAAUUAUUGCAACAGAGCCACGAUCUGAGACGGUGUGAAAAAGCCCGGCAUUGGCUGUGGCUGUUUCAGAGUUAUGUGGAGUGGGAAGCGCUGGCUUGUCUCCUUCUCGAUCUCUGUUUGACUCCUUCCCGAACGGUAGCUGAUUUAGUUUGGACGACUGUCAACAAGAUAUAUCGAUACUGGAAACAACGUGGUGGUGAUACUGGGAGAUGUCGUCGCUGGGAAAACAUUGAGGGGCUGUACGCCCAGGCUGUGGCUAUUCGAGACAGUGUACCUCCUUCCUCCCAGUUGUCAGAGGCAACCGGUCAAAGACACGAAAUCCCCAACGUGGCAAGCCCCGAGCACCUCUCUCGUAUCUGGGAAUUAGCUAAUGCAGCUGCUACGGCGGGGCUGAAUGGGCCCUCGCAGCCAGUGUCCGCUGAGGACGCAGCAGAAAUGCCAACGGCUGGCACUCUCUCCUCCUCCGGAGAAUCAGUUCGCGAAUUCUACUCCCCACCCUCAGCACUCUCUGGGGCCUUGUCGCCAUAUUGCAUUGUGAGGUGGAUUCGACGGUUUCCUUGCAUUCGAUUUUUCCUCAGUCUCUUGGAAGCUGGCCACUUCCAGGGCAUUGUCCUCUACCUAUCCGGGUUCUACCGACGUCAUGAGCCCCUGGUUCGCGUUGUGCUGCUCUUCUCUGCCGCAUCUCUAAGCAGUGUCUUCUCCGGGUUCCUCGUAGCCGCCAUCCAGCAAAUGGAUGUCUGCUUCGACUUCUUCUCCUUCUUUAUCCUCCCCAGCGGGCCAGACUUCGUCCUCACUCUCCGCCACAAACACCCCCAACAUUGCAUCACACGUCUCCAGCUAGACACAAACAAUACCUUUGCCUCCGAACCCGUCGCCUUGAAAAAGGUCCUCUCUAUCCUACUUGACCUCCACCUGUGGAUCACCUGUGUCGUGCUCUUCUACGGCGACGUCUGUCUCUUCGGUUUGACGCAACUUAUGACCGUCCCUUCAUACGUGUAUGCAAUCCUCGUGACGAUGAUCGCAGAAGUUUCCGCAGACCGGUAUAGAUGGCGUGCGGCGGUCGUCUCCAUGGGCUUUAUAUCUACAAGUGGUGAUGGGAUCCUGAGCGCUUGGCUUUAUCCUCAGAGUUCGGCGCCGUACUAUUUUCUCGGGAUGCGGUUUAAUCUGGCAUUGGUGGCUCUUAUGAUGACAUUUAAUUGCGACGAAAAGAAACCAACAUGUACAAACUGCCUGUAUCAUUCAGUUGACUGCGACUUUGCUGUACCCUCAGCCCCUAAUCUAAACUCUACAUCAGCAUCGUCAACCACCGGACCACAAUCAGCUCGACAAUACCGCUUUAAACAGUCUAAAUAUCGGCCCCCAGCAGAUCCUUCAAGUAACGAUGUGGUUUCAACCUCCCAGUCAAAUUCAAGAGGAGUCCAAUGUGACCUCCCUUCACCCCACCGCGCAAGUAAUGGGAUCUCAUUCGCUGAUCUAGAGCUUUUCCAUCACUUUGUCACUUUCACUUGCUAUACUCUCGGAGACAAGAAUGAUAAGAAGCAGGUGUGGCAGGUCCAUGUCCCUCGAUACGGCUUCUCGUUCCCCUCCCUUCAUUUUCUCACCCUGGCGAUUUCCGCCCUGCAUCUCGCGUACAAGCACCCAGAGCUUCGAGAGGAGUAUUUGAUAAAAGCAGACAGCCAUUUUACCUUUGGUAUCCAGUCUGUAAAUAAUAUCCUAUCCAACCUCAACUCCGACAAUUGUCAGAUGAUCUAUCUCUCCGCUGCGCUCAUCUGUCUCAUUUAUUUCGCCCGCGGGCCCCGACCAGGUGAAUACCUCGUCUUCAGCGAAACAGGCAAAUCCGAAUGGCUUGUCCUGAUGCGUGGAGUACGGUAUAUUGUGCGGUCCUCGCGGGAAAUGAUCUUUACGGGAAUUUUGGCUGUCGAUGAUGAUGAGGUCCACGAUAUCAGCCCAUCAUUGGAAGAGGAGUAUCUCCAGCAACGGAAUCACCUACAAGGUAUUCGUCGAUUUAUUGACAUGCAGGUUCCAAAUUCGGAGAAGGAGCUAUACACGUCUGCCAUUGAUUCCCUAAUGGGCUCCUUUGAGGAGCUGAACAGAUCCCGCACAGCCAAUGGGGAUGGUAUCACCCUGCUGCCUGCGGUCAUAGGGUGGAUUUACCGGCUCUCUGAAACAUUUGUCGGACGUCUGGAAGACAAAGGCUCAUUUGCAUUGAUUAUACUGGCACAUUGGAGUGUGAUGUUGAAAUACAUGACUCCGUCAUGGUUGAUGGUAGGCUGGGAUAGGCAUGUUAUUUCAGGGAUCCGGUCGUCUUUGGAAGAGGAGUACCACCAGUGGAUUGAAUGGCCUGUACAAAUGAUUGAGAGAUCAUAG